AUGGACAUUGCUAAGCAAAUUGAGUCUAAAAUUUGUUAUUACGAAAUCUUGGGAAUUGAAAGUGGUGCCAGUGAAAGUGAAAUUAAGAAAGCAUACAAACAAUUGGCUCUUAAAAUCCAUCCAGACAAGGUUGAACCGGAAAAUAUUGCUUUGUGCACAAAGGUUUUCCAAAAAAUCAAAGAUGCUUAUCAGUGUCUCUCCAACCCUAAGGACCGUAAAUGGUACGAUUCUCACCGCAAAUUAAUCAUAAGAGAGGUACAGGAAGAAGAAAGUGAAGGUUUUAAAUCAAAUGUUAACAUAUGGGCUUAUUUUGGCACUUGUUAUAAUGGAUUUGAUGAUCAACCCGAUGGAUUUUUUACUGUUUAUCGCAAAUUAUUUGACCAAAUUGCAGAGGAAGAACUGCAAUUUAACACUAGUGUCAUAUAUCCUUCCUUCGGUACAUCAAAUAGUCCUUGGGAAAUAACUAGAGCAUUUUACAAGUUCUGGUUACAAUUUAACACAUGUCGUCCAUUCGCUAAAGAAUAUAAGCUUUGUGAUGCUGAAAAUAGGCAAAUUAGAAGAUUGAUGGAAAGGGAGAACAAGAAAAAUGACACAAGGUUGAGGAAGGAGUUUUCAGAUAAUAUACAAAAAUUAUGUUCUUUAGUGAAGAAGAGAGACCCACGUGUUGAACAGCAUUCCAAAGAGAUUGGCAUUGCCAAGUCAAUGCAGGCAAUCAAACUUGAAAAACAGAAGCAUGCAGUAGAGGAGGUAAAUAAGAUUGCUAGGCAAGAGAAACUGAGGGCUGAGUACGAAUACUGGUUGGAGAUGGAGAAGGAGAAAGAGAAGCUGAUUGAACAAGGUCAGAUCUUCCUAGACACCGAUUCCAUCUCAGAUAAAUCCGAUACCUCCAAAAAAUACUACAAUUGUGAUCCCUGUAACAAGAUUUUCAAGUCGGAAAAGCAGAUGGAAUCACAUAUCAGAUCGAAGAAACACAUGAAUGUAGUAAAGGCUCAGAAACAGUCACAAGUUGAUUUGUAA